CUAACAUUUUCUCCCGAAUAACGGAUAGUACAAAAAUGGGGGGCAGGAAAAUGGAGGUAGAGAAGCCGUCAAAACCCUCUCUGAAAAACCCUAGCAAGAAGAGAAAACUUCCUCUUGGCCCCAUCAAAACCGACGAAGCUAAGAAGAGGUCCAAGACGACGAAGAAGAAGAAGCAACGGCUUAUCGAGACCAACGACAAUAAAAACGACAACGAUGACCGAGUCGAAGAGCAAAAUGACAAUGGCGAAAGCGGUAACAACGAAGUCGUUCAAACGUCGGCUUCGACGCAGCUUCGGGUCUUUCUGGAUCAGUUCCAGUCCGGGAAUGGCAUCCAGCUUUCUUCUCUCGAGUUGGAAGCUAUUAAAGAUACGUGCAUUUUGGAGCUAUCUCAAUGCACAGAUGAGGACGCAAAGUCCUUGGGAAAAGAUAUGAAAGUCGCUUUUGGCCCAUCAUGGAAAGAAGUUCUUUGUGAGAAGCAGUUGUUGGAAGGAAAAGUUGAUCCGGGUUGUCCUGCAAUCCUUAUUAUUAGUUCAUCUGCUAUGAGAUCAAUAGAACUUCUAAGGGGUUUACAAUCAUUGACUAAAGAAUGCCCUGCAGUGAAGCUAUUCUCAAAGCAUAUGAAGGUUGAAGAUCAGGUAUCUUUGUUAAAGAACCGUGUCAAUAUUGCUAGUGGUACACCAAGCAGGAUAAAGAAGCUAAUUGACAUUGAGGCAUUGGGGCUCUCGCGGUUAGCAGCAAUCGUACUUGAUGUUCGGCCUGAUGUAAAGGGCUAUUCUUUGUUUACACUACCACAAGUCAGGGAUGAAUUCUGGGACUUGUACAAGAACUGUUUCCAUCAGCGUAUAGCGGAAGGUUCCCUGCGUCUCGGCCUAUAUGGUCAAUUACCAAAUGGGACCGAGUUGAAGGGGAAAAAGAGGAAACAUUGAUUGAGUUCUGUUAUUGUCUAAAAAUAUAGACUAUGAGCCUGAUCAUGCUAAGCCUGUAUUUGUUUGUCUUUUUGUUUUUGUUUUUGUUUUUUUGUUUUUUGUUCUUUUUUUUUUUUUUUUUUUUCCUUUUUGGUUAGGAACAAUGCCUGUAUUUUUAGGUUAUACCUUUCCUCCUUUUUUUGGUCCAUUAUUGUCUUCUUUUCUGUUUUGGUGGUUAAUGAUAUGGGUUUGAGACGUGCACUAGAAAGGUCAUAUUUCACGUGAAGUAGAUAAUGUCUGUAAUUACGCUCCCAUUUAGGUUUUUAGUUUGAAUUUUGUUGAUUUGAACUUUUUUAUUUAAA